UGGCAAAGUGAUAUUGCAUUCCAACUGGUUCAUCGGAGAAAUUUGGUGUCCAUUUCUGCUACAGGUUCUGGGAAGAGCUUUAUCUUCUGGCUCCCCAUGCUAUAUGAGAAUGGACUCAUGAUAAUUGUUGUUCCAUUGAAGAACCUAGGACAGCAGCUUGCUGAUGAAUCUUCUUGGAGGGGAUUCUUUGUCCUAUCUCCUGAGCUAGCAGUCGACCCACACUUCAUGCACAUCUGGAAUGAACCAAAAAUCAAGAAAAAGAUAAAUCGCAUAAUUAUUGAUGAAGCCCACUGUGUCAGUCAGUGGGGAAGAGACUUCCGAUCAUCAUAUUUACAUCUCUCCCGCCUGCAUGCCAUCCUGGGAGAAGUAUCCUGGUAUUUGACAUCAGCAACACUUCACUCACAUGUGCUCCAAGACACCCUCUGUAUAAUUGGGCUACACCGGAAUACUAUGAUCUACCGUCAUUCCAAUGAUAGGCCAAACAUCCAUCUCUGUGUGCAGAGGAUGAAGUAUUCUAUCACUUCUCACCUUGAUCUUGCAUUCCUUGUGCCGCUGAAUCCUGAGAUUGACAACUCAGACUGGGUCAGACAAAAUAUUCUGCAAUUCCUCAUCUACUGUAACUCACGAGUGGAUGCUGAAAGUACGGCACUCUUCUUACAAAGCCACAUACCAGUGCAUGCUUGUCAUCGGAUUGUCUGGUAUCAUUCAGGGAUGUCAGAUGCAUUUAAAAAGGAGACGAUUGAGGAAUAUGAGAGGGGGGGAAUAUUAGGCCUCUGCUGUACAGACGCCUGUGGGAUGGUCAGUAAUUUGUGUACAAGCUCACCAAUGUGGUCUGAAGACUCAUCUACAGGGUCUUGA